ACUGAUUAUGGAGGCGAACUUUAACCUAGUGAGGGUCGAUCUCAUCGUCAUUCUUCUUUGCUUGAUUAUGAGCUCUUUUGUUCAACGUUCAGUGGCUUCAGAGUCGACUUCUGAUUUUAUUCAGAAUGCCAUCUAUUCGAAUAAGAUCGUGAUUUUCUCAAAAACUUAUUGCCCAUAUUCACUCAAGGCAAAGAAUGUAUUCAGUAGGUUGCAAGAGAAAACAUUUGUAGUGGAACUUGAUCUUCGAGAUGAUGGAUACGAAAUUCAAAGCCUUCUUAUGGAAAUGGUUGGCCGACGAACUGUUCCUCAGGUCUUUGUGAAUGGGAAGCAUAUUGGUGGAUCAGCUGAUCUGAAUGUUGCCGUUGAAAAUCGUGAACUACAAAACCUUCUGGAUUAA